UUCCGUCUCCGGCGGUGGCUGUGGCGGCACGUCCUAAAGUAAUGGCGGCAGGUGGAAGCGAUCCUCGGGCUGGCGACGUAGAAGAAGACGCUUCCCAGCUCAUCUUUCCCAAAGAGUUUGAGACAGCUGAGACUCUGCUGAACUCUGAAGUUCACAUGCUCCUGGAGCAUCGAAAGCAGCAGAACGAGAGCGCAGAGGACGAGCAGGAGCUGUCGGAGGUGUUCAUGAAAACCCUCAACUACACAGCCCGCUUCAGCCGGUUCAAAAACAGAGAGACUAUUGCCAGUGUGCGGAGCUUGCUUCUCCAGAAAAAGCUACAUAAGUUUGAGUUGGCCUGUUUAGCCAAUCUUUGCCCGGAGACUGCUGAAGAGUCCAAAGCUCUGAUUCCAAGCCUGGAAGGGCGUUUUGAAGAUGAGGAGCUGCAGCAGAUUCUCGAUGACAUCCAGACAAAGCGCAGCUUCCAGUACUGAUCCACAGACAUCACUGUGCGCCUUGGGUCAGCUCCAGACAGCAGCAGUCUGAGCCCUGGGGAGGCCUCAUGCAGGGAUGUUGCUUCAGACGUCGCUGGAACUCCUUUCGUAGUUUUUGCGAGAGAGUGGCUCUCCAGUUCUCAUAACAGUCCUCCUGCCUCAGCCUCAGCCUCCCAAGCGCUGGGAUUACAGGUCUGAGCCAACACUUUCGGCUUGGCUUCUGGAGAGGAAAGAAAGGCUGGCUAUUGAUGCUGUAGGUGCUAUCUUCACAGUGACUGUUGACCAUCAUUACCAUCUGCUCUCCUUGCAGCCUUUCAAGGGCUGCUGUGGUCAAGCAGGCUGCCAUCCUGAACUGGUGAGGUAGAAUGAUGUUACAACAUUCAUUGACUACUUCGUACCAUGUUUUUUUGGACCCCAUGUUACUAUUUUUUUGUUCUUCACAUUUCAGAUUUUAAUGUCAAUUAUUUUGUAGUUUUUGAAGCUAAAAUGAUAUAUAAAAAACUUGUAUAGGGGAGGAGUGUUUUCACGUGGUUGGAGAGGGGAGAAAUAAACCAGAACACUGU